UCUAAUGAUCCUUUCCAUCCCAAGGAACGCCGGACACGUUCGAGAAGAUACCUGUUUUGCAUUAAAAAUCCGAGAAAAGGAGAAGAAAAGAAAAAAGAAAAGCGUGGAUUUUGAAAUGGAUUAUAUUGAGCACCAAGACCUGCUAGGCAUGGAAAAGAAAAAAUUUGCAUUUGGGGCAAUAACAUGGUGUGGAUUGCUUUUCGUGUUCCUGAGGCGAUGUUAACAUGACCAUCUACUUUCACAUUAGCACACAUUCAAAACGGAUCGUUCAUGUUGGUGGAAAUAUCGGGAAGCAAAUGUUGAGCCCUGCCUGUGCAGUGCCCCAGUCACUGUCCAAUUCAUGUUGUAAUGUUUUUCACACGAUCCAGUUUCGUCAAAGAUGUACAGCUGUGACCAUCUGUAGGACAUUUUCCUGUUCAUCCAUUGGUUUGUCAGCAUUUGACAGCAGAUGCCUUAGGUCUGGCCUUUUCAAACAGCAGAGAAACUGGCCUUCAUUUAUGAUGAAAAGCUUGGUAAGCUGUGGAGGACACCGGACAAUACGUCUUGGGCUCUCGUCUUGGUGUCAAAACAUGAGUUUGAGGCUUACAGUGCCAAAUUGUGGAGGGGUUUCAAAAAUCAGUUGGAACGUGAGACCUUCAAGUUGGCUGCAAGGAGGCACUUCGGCCGGCCUUAUUUUUGGGGUGUGUGUUUGUUUCUUGAGUUCUGGAUCAGUGCAUGCCGAAGCAUCCAUGGGAAAUAAUGAUGAGAAAGAUGAACGUGGGUCAUCAUCAUUCAGCACUUCUUCGCAUGGGAAGAAAGUUUAUACUGAUUAUUCUGUAACUGGCAUACCGGGAGAUGGGCGUUGUUUGUUCCGGUCUGUGGUUCACGGGGCUUGCUUACGAUCUGGGAAACCAUCACCAAGCGAGACCCUCCAGAAACAAUUAGCAGAUGAGUUGCGGUCCAAAGUUGCAGAUGAAUUUGUUAAGAGGCGUGAAGAGACGGAAUGGUUUGUUGAAGGCGAUUUCGAUACUUAUGUGUCACAUAUUAGAAAGCCGCAUGUAUGGGGAGGCGAGCCAGAGUUGUUCAUGGCCUCACAUGUUCUCCAGAUGCCGAUUACUGUUUACAUGUAUGAUGAGGAUUCUGGUGGGUUGAUUGCCAUUGCCGAGUAUGGCCAAGAAUAUGGAAAGGAGGAUCCAAUCAGGGUUCUUUAUCAUGGUUUUGGCCAUUAUGAGUCAUUGCAGAUUCCUGGAAAGAGGGGUGGUAAAUCAAGACUUUAGCACGCAGCAAAAUAUGAAAUGGGCAGAAGCCAAGCGAAAAUAUGUGUAGAGGUUGCACGAAUGAUGAAGGUACGAGGCCUGAACUUUAUACUUCUUGGGAGAGAGGCUAGGGUUCAAGAAAGAAAAGCAAAGAAUACAAGCUGGCAUGGAAGUUGCAUUUGUAAAGGAGCCGGCUGGCGAAUAAUGAAGUUAUGCAGCCGAGGUGUCCCUUUUGGAUUCCAAUUGUAUGAAAAAACAAACAACUUCCUAUAUAUGGAUGAAAUGUCAGUUGAUCCCUUGUUCUUAAAGCCGAUGAUUAAUUCAUUCGUUCUUUUAUUAUUAUUA